AUGGCUCCUGCCGACAACGACCAUGCUUGGGAAAUCACCUCCCGCUGGGAGGAUAUCCUCGAGUGGUGCUCCAUGCUUCCGCCAAACUCCCCGGCCUCAGCCUCUAAUUCGAAUGCUCGGGCCCGCCAAAUCGUGUCGGCUCCAAGUUCACCGUUGACACGGUCCCAAGUACUCUCAACCUGUUGGCAGACUGUUAUCACCACGGCCACACAAUCCGGAGCCUUCUCAGAGACCGUGAACUCCCAACUCAGAGCCAUCUAUGAUCAGGAACGGCCAUGCUGGGUUUGUCAGGAAACGGAUGCAGACUGCGCCCAUGUCUUUGCGAAAGAAGACAGCCAGGCAAAUCUAUGGGCAAAGAUAGGCCUGAUCCCUCAUGGGGCAAGCCUCAAGGCAAGAGAGAAUGCGAUUUUUCUUUGCAAAACUUGUCACUACCGUUUCGACCAUGCCUCACAUCCGGGACUUGUCUUCUUCCCUGCCGACCUGGAAUUCUUCAUCGAAUUCGAGAAAGCCGACCAAUCCCGCCGUAAGGAAGCGGCACAGACUGGUGCACACAUCGGUCGUCGCAGCCCAUCGGCAGCGGAAUACAAAAAUCACCAGAUGGAACAAGGAUUGGUUGGCCCACACUCGAUUGGGGGUCUGUAUCGUACUGUGAUGUUGGCACCGUUCCACUCCAGGGACCUGGCCAGACAAAUUGGCAGUAGUAUCCUUGAAACCCGCACCAAAGUCAAGGAAUGGCACGGCGAGCCAAUGUAUACGCUCCGCCGCGCGUUCCAGCUCCUGGGAAACAUUCAGAACAGGCUGCUCGCCCCUGAAAUUAAAAAGCAACUGCAAGAGCUGAUGGAGCUGUACACUAGCGACCCGAUUGAGGAUCGUGACGACGACCCUGAAUUUGAGUUCGAUUUGAGGCAUGUCAAUCGGUACGACAGAGGCACCAAACGUCCACAUCCAGGACCUGAUGAUACAGACAAUGCUGAGCCUCCCGGUGAUGCCCGUGGAGGCCUGGAUAAGAACAAAGACUCCGAGAACCCGCAGCCAGGCCGAGAGGGUGGGCAGGACGAUUUUGAUAGGCCAUCAAAGAGAGUCAAGCGCGGCUGUCGCUCAGUCGACGAGGCCAUUUUGCGGGAGCGACAUCGUCUGAUCCUGACACCUCAUCGAACAUUAUCACGUCGAUGGCAAUUGGGACCCCUGGGCACUGCCGAGGAUGCGAUCCGUAUCCACACACAGCUGAUGGCACCCAUUUGA